ACAAAACCGGAAACUCGUGUUGCCUGACUGCUGUUGUUGACACUGCGCACCCUUAGCAAUAAGCUACCAUUUGGUGGAUGUUCGUGUUUUAAAGAACGUGCGUUAAUUAGUCGAUUGUGUCGUCAUAUUAAUUUGGUCUUAAUUUGCUGUUUUGUUGUCUGGUUGUCAGGUUAGACUCCGCUAACCCUGCUAACUUUGAGCCGUAGCUAACAUAGCAGGCUAGCUGUUAAAUGGAGGAAGUUAGCUAAUUAGGACGCCAUGGAAAGAAAAUCGAAGUUCAGCCAUUAGAAGUCAACUGUAUACUUGUCACGUCAGGUUUUAUUGUAGCUUGUUUUUGAAACUGGUUGGGACAACACUCAAAAGCAAGAUGGCAGUGGAGCUGGAUGUGUUCGUGGGAAACACCACUAUCAUGGAUGAGGAGGUUUACCAGCUCUGGUUGGAUGGAUACACAGUGAAUGAUGCAGUGAAGGUACGGAUGGAAGGAGGAGUGAUGGAGGAGUGUGAGGCAAGUGCAGAUGUUCUGCUGAGUGACACCAUGGACCAGUACAGGACUUUCCAGAUGUGUGAACGUCUGCUGCACAGUCCAGCCAAACUAGCCAACCAGCUACUGUUCCAGAUCCCACCUCAUCGACAAGCCAUCCUCAUAGAGAGAUACUAUGCCUUUGAUGAUGUGUUCGUCAGAGAGGUCUUAGGAAAGAAACUCUCCAAAGGAACUAAGAAAGACUUGGACGAUAUCGGUGCCAAGACAGGUGUGACACUGAAGAGCUGCAGACGGCAGUUUGACAACUUCAAACGUGUUUUCAAAGUUGUGGAAGAGCUGAAGGGACCCCUGGUGGAGAACAUACGUCAGCAUUUCCUUCUCUCUGAUAAGCUUGCAAGGGAUUAUGCUGCCAUCGUUUUCUUUGCCAAUAAUCGCUUUGAGACGGGGAAAAGAAAGCUGCAAUAUCUUACUUUCCAGGACUUUGCUUUUUGUGCUGGGCAGCUUAUCAACAACUGGACCGUUGGUGCCGUUGAUAAUAUGGUGGAAGACAUGGACGUGGAUCUUGAUAAAGAGUUUUUACAAGAGCUGAAAGAGCUGAAGAUUUUAAUCACUGACAAAGAUCUGCUGGAUCAACACAAAAGUCUGGUCUGCACAGCUCUCAGAGGAAAGACUAAAGCUUUUAAUGAGAUGGAGGCUAAUUUCAAGAAUCUUUCCCGAGGCCUCAUUAAUAUCGCUGCAAAGUUAACCAACACAAAAGAUGUCAGAGAUUUCUUCAUUGAUCUUGUGGAAAAGUUUAUUGAGCCGUGUCGUUCGGACAGAUGGACAGCAGCGGAUAUGAAACUCUACCUCACUCACUACACCAACUCUGCACACAUACUUGACACAUUCAAACAUCAGGUUGUGUGGGACAGAUACAUGGGCGUCAUCAAAAGCUGUAUCUUCAAAAUGUAUCACGACUGAAGUGUUUUCUUUGCGGCUUGCCCCUCUCUCUCUACCCCCGGCCCUUCCCUCGGUUUGUUUUCUGUCUGUUCCCCCCGCUGAAGCCGUUAUCUUAGCCCCUCGGUUUGUGCUUUCUGUGUUUUGUUUCGUCAGCGGCGAUGAAUUCUGCUUCUCAAGCCCCAUUAUCGCUUUCAGCCUCCCUGUUUGCACUUCUAGUUGUCCUCGCAGUGUCUGUAAAUUUGGUUUGUAAAUAAAAUGAACACAUUUACAUCAA